AUGAUAAGUUACAUCAUAUUAAUCGUAUGUGUUCAAAGUUCAGUGUUAACGAUAUCAGUUAUCUAUCCACACCCCCAUAAAUUGUUAUCUAUUUCGAUACCAGAAAAUCGGGCUUUGAAAAGAUCGUUAGGAUUUAUUGAAGACACUUAUUACAAUUUCACUGAAUUAGCAAAUAAAUACGGACAUGAAACAGAAGAAUAUGAAGUUACUACUGACGAUGGAUAUUUGCUUACGAUAUUCCGAAUAAAAACAAAAUGUGUGACACCAAGACCCUACCCUAUAGUUCUAUUGCAUGGAAUAAUGGAUAGCGCUGAUGCUUGGAUAUUGGCAGGACCUGAAUUAGGACUUGGAUAUAUUUUAGCAAACAAUUGUUAUGACGUCUGGGCAGCUAAUCAUAGAGGAAAUCAGUAUUCUCGUAAGCAUAUUAAGCUUAAUCCAAAUACAGAUUUUGAGUUUUGGAACUAUUCAAUAGAUGAACAUGGCUACUAUGAUUUGCCAGCAAUAAUAGAUCAUGUUCUUAACGCCUCGAAUAAAGAAAAAGUGUAUUUUAUUGGCCAUUCUCAAGGAACAACGGAUUUCUUUAUAAUGACUUCAAUUCGCCCUGAAUAUAACAAUAAAAUUCAUCUUUCAAUACAAUUGGCACCAGUGGCAUAUUUGAAACACUUAAAAAUACCCUUAGCAAAUUUUGCCGCCAAACAAACAGAACUUAUAAAAAAUAUAUUAGACGAUAUUGGUCUGCAGGAGCUCUUGGGGAAGUACGAAAUCAUACAUCCAGUGUUAGAACAGUUGUGUCAAGUGGCGCCGGUUCCAUUAUGUGAAUUCAUAUUACAGUUAACCACUGGUUAUAAAGAUGGUAUCUCUCCAAGGACAUUAUCGGUGGCAUUUGGACAUUUAGUGGUUGGUGUUUCAGCCAAGACCUUGUCUCAUUUUGGACAACUCAUUCAAUCAAAAAAAUUUCAACGCUAUGAUGAGGGAAGAGAAAUAAAUCUGCAAAAAUAUGGUUCCGAAAAUCCUCCUGAAUACAACGUAUCAAAGAUUACAUCGGCAGUUUUAUUAAUGUGCAGUAAAAACGACUUGUUAUCAUCUUUAGAAAAUGUAAAUGAACUUAGUUCGAGGCUGCCAAACUUAGUAGAAGAAUAUGUAGUUCAGGACAAAUCUUGGAGUCAUCACAAUUUUCUUUGGGGAAUCAAAGCACCUGAAUACGUGUUCAAUAAAAUUUUGGGAUACUUAAAGAAAUACGAUCAAAUAUGAAAAUAUUAAUAUGUUAUGUAUAACGAGGAAGUAAAUGUUUGGAAAUUGAAAAAACAUUACGUCAAUGCCAGUUGAACAACUUUGAAUAAGGUCGAGAUCAUAGAAAUAAUGAAUGUAAGAAGAAAUAUUUUCCAAGGCAAAGGACAACUUGUAAUUAGCCACUUUAUGCCGACAACUACAAUAUGCAUUGAGAGGACAGCAGUGGUAAAAAUAUUAUGGAUAUCAUAAAAUUUUAAUAGUGUUUACUUUUAGAUUUAAAUUAUAUUUUGUGUCAUAUUUUUUAUAAAAUUUUCAUGUGACUUAUGUUAGGUUCUAGUUUAAUGAAUU